UAUCCAUAUAGAUAUACGUAUAUACAUAUAUCAACCUAAAUGCUCUCUUGAACAAAUUAUGGCAUUGUCUCUUAUCAGGGGUAAGAGUCUGCAAUACGGAAAUUCGCAGUUACGUUUCUUAUCCUGCAUCUCGACCAUGAAGAAAGGAUUGGUGCUCGGUGUAUAUGAAACCGAAGAUGAAAAGAAGAUUUCGUUGACUCCAACAGCAGCUAAAUACAAUGAACUAGUUAAAGGAAAACUACAAAAAAAUCUUUUGUUGAGAGACUAGACUGAGAGACGGUAUUGUACGCAUGAUAUGAAGCAAAAAGCUUGCCGCGCAGAAGGAGUUACCACACGUAUUUUAUUAUAUAAAAAUCAGUUUAAAAGCAUAUUAUUCCGAAAGUAACAAUUUCCAAAAUUGUUGGUUCUUUAAACUGGUUAUUAGCAAAUCAAAAUUACUAUUAACGUGAAAGAGGCUUCGAACGACAUGAAAUUAAAUACAGACAUAUUAACAUCAUUAAAUAUGUUUUAAGCGAUAUGAUAAAAUAUAGUACAACUUAAUUUCAGUUACGAAGAAUAAUGUCAGCUAUCGGUGAUAGUAACUUGGGAAACGAUAGCGCCGCUGGGAGUAGUAGGGGAGUUGGCGAAUGUAGUAGUCGAAUAAGUAAACAACACCAAUCAGCAAAUGUUCUCCAUAGGAUUAGUGGCUCACUCGAAGAUAAAAAUAAUGAUUAUCUCUGUCCUAUUUGUUUUGAGGUGAUCGAUGAAGCUCAUAUCACGCGUUGCGGUCAUACAUUUUGUUAUCGUUGCAUAGUUAAAUCCCUGGAAGCCAACGGGCGUUGUCCGAAAUGUAGCUACUCGUUGACACAACAAGAUAUAUUUCCAAACUUUUUGUUACACGAAUUAAUUUCAAAAUACAAAACUCGAAUUAAGGGUCUCGCUGAGUUAGGGUCUUCGUAUACAGCUGACGGUAGACACAGAUCUUUAGGGACAGAUAUAUCUCUGCCACCUUACGAUGGACUGAGAGAUAUCGUAGCUGCGGAGACUGCUAAUCUCACUUUACCAGAUGUAAAUGUAAUGUUAGAAGUAUUAACGCAAAGGAAGCACUUGCUUGAAGCGGAAACGUGUGCGGCACAAAACAAACUACUGCACGAAUUUUUAACCCAUUUACUGCAACAAAAGGAGGAACAGAAAAAGCAAUUGCAGAAGGAGAUAGCAUUAAUUAAAAAGGAUAUGGAAGAAGUCGAGAGUAUAUUGAGGGACGUCCAGAGCAAAUGUCCCAGGAUAGAAGAUUUGAAGAGAUCGAGCGAAAAUGAUACCGCGCAGGUGUCGGCUAUUAGAAGAGAGAUGAUAGGCCUUAUAGAUAUAAUAGAUUCAAACAUGGUAAAACCAAAUGAAAAAGCGCCCGUGUCCGCAAACGAUACAUUUACUACUAAUCCUCCAGUAAAUCAAAAACAAAGUGAUUAUACAGCAGGUUCAACAUUGGCCGUACGUAGAAAGAGAAUGCACGCUCAUUUCGAUGAUUUCGUACAAUGUUAUUUCGACUCUCGAGCGAAAGAGCUGCUCCUUGGGCACAAGCCUCAAGCUCCUAGCGAGACAUGGCACGGUACAAGCUCCGGGCUUGACGUUUUCAGAGAAAAUCUUGUGAAAUUCUCCAGAUACAAUUCUCUACGUCCAUUGGCGACAUUGAAUUACUCAUCAGAUAUUUUUAAUAACUCCACUAUCGUCUCGAGCAUAGAAUUUGACAAGGAUAACGAAUUUUUCGCGAUAGCUGGCGUCACGAAGCGUAUAAAGGUAUUCGACUAUAGUGCUGUUAUAAGGGACACGGUAGACAUUCACUAUCCCUGUGUAGAGAUGGUUUCCAGUUCGAAGAUAUCCUGCGUGUCUUGGAAUUCCUUUCACAAAGGAAUGCUAGCAUCGUCAGACUACGAAGGUACAGUAACAGUGUGGGAUGCUGCGACUGGUCAAAGAACAAAGGCGUUUCAAGAACACGAGAAGAGAUGCUGGUCCGUAGACUUCAACGAUGUAGACACUAGGCUCAUAGCAUCUGGUUCAGACGAUGCUAGAGUUAAAUUAUGGUCUCUGAAUAACGAUCAUUCCGUUGCUUCUUUAGAAGCGAAAGCUAAUGUAUGCUGCGUAAAAUUUAAUCCUCGAAGCUCGUGUCACCUGGCAUUUGGAUCAGCAGAUCAUUGCGUCCACUAUUACGAUUUACGUAACAUGAAAGAGGCGUUGUGCAUAUUUAAGGGGCACCGUAAAGCUGUUUCGUACGUUAAGUUUAUUAACAAGGAGGAGAUAGUAUCAGCGAGCACCGAUUCGCAGUUAAAAAUGUGGAAUAUCAACAAUCCACAUUGUUUGCGUUCGUUUGUUGGACACGUAAACGAGAAAAAUUUCGUUGGUCUAGCCACUGAUGGCGAUUACGUGGCAUGUGGAUCAGAGAAUAAUGCACUGUAUGUGUAUUACAAAGGACUCACAAAACAAUUAUUCUCCUAUAAGUUUGACGCUGUUCGAAGUAUAUUAGAAAUACAAGAACGAAGAGAAGAAGAUCUGAAUGAAUUUGUGUCUGCAGUUUGUUGGAAGCAAAUGUCGAAUGUCGUGGUAGCUGCGAAUUCUCAAGGGAUUAUUAAAAUAUUAGAACUGGUUUGAAUAUGAUCGCUGUUUAAUAUGAUGUUUAGCGCGUACCUAUGUGUGUUUUGAAAUUUAUUUUAUUUGGUGCUUGGACACGAACAAUGACGAGGGAAGCAAAGAUUUAUUCUAAAUGUUAUAGCAAUCUGUUGCAAGGGGAAUUAAAAGAUUUAAAAUUUUAAGAAUUAACAGGUUUGUUACACGAAAUUAUUUAUUAAAAUAAUUAAAUAAAUUAAAAGGAAUUAAAAGGUUAGUUACACGGAGAUCUAAAUUAUUAGAGACUAACUUAUUCAAGGAAGUUAGAGUAAUACUCUGAGUGUUGAGCAGCACAAAUAUUUUCUUCUAAUUAUAUUUUUUACUAAAAAUAUUGGUACUGUUACUUAUUGUGUUUUUGGGUUAAUUAUUUCCUAUUUUAGUUGUAAUUUAAUAGACUGAAUCUUAAUGAUAAAUAUUUUAUGUUAACAUUAGGAACACAUGCCUUCUGUCUGAUCAUUUAUAAUAUUGGAAUGUGGCCUUUUAUAAUUUCAUGUUAAUUUAGUAGUAAUAUUUAAUGCAUUAAUGCAUUACAAAAUGAAAGUUACUUGCACAGUAAUUAGCACAAUUCAUAUGUAAUAAAAUGUUCUAAUCAUAUAAAUUUGAUUUUAUUUUUAUCCGAUUUUGGUCAUAAUUUUCAUUAUGUAUUAAAUAAUAUCCGUUUACAAUUACGCGAUAUAAAUUAUUUACUAAUUUUUAAAAUAGAGUAACUUGUUUUAGUGUAUCAUAUAUGAUAUGUAAAUUACAAAUGGAACAGAAAAGUUUAUUGUUAUAAAUAAUCUAAAAUAUAAAAAGUAUUUUUGUGGAUAAAAAAAAAUAAAAGAACACUUUAAAUUGUCAGAUCACACUGAAAAUUCUGACGUGAACAUGCAACUCUAAUUGUAUGAUGUGAUUCUUGUAGUAAAUGUCUUGCCAAAUAGCCUAAUAAAUUAAAUUCAAUAGAGUAGGAAUAUACAAGCCGAUAUAAACGAUACCGAUUGCUGUCUAUUCGAUUGAAUUUGUGCCAAGAAUAUUAUCUCAGCUAAGGAAUAGUGAAUGUGCUUAGAUUGCAUUAAGUUCCUACUAUCAGUGUUAAUACAUUCUUCAUAUGUUAGCAUUAGAGCUAAGAAAAGAUGAAAUAUGCGAUAAAAAAUAGUAAACUGUAAAUACUUUUAAUUUAUAGAAUUAGAGUACUUAUAACGUAUGUAUAUAUAUUUUAAUUUCAAUUACUAAUAAUAGCUUUCUGAUAAAAAGUGUAAUUACUAGUAAUUUCAUUAUGUGUAAAAGAGAGAAAAAUUUACAUUUACUAUUUUCUAUUUAAAUAUUUUUUCGCUUAGCUACGAAUUGUACAUUUUAAGCAAACCAUUUUCACGACUCGUCUUUUAAAAUAUCAAUGUGUCAAUUUUCAAUAGUUUCAUUACUAUUUACGUGAUAAUAUUAAAGUAAAUGCUGUUACAAAUAUGAUAAACCCCAUGACAAAUUUACAUACUUACAUCACGUGUAUACUUAAAACAAGGAAACGAAUUUUGGUAAUGAAAAUAUAGUUUUACAUUGUACUAUAUUAUAUUUCACAAGGAAUUCUGUACUGUUAUACAUUUUUAUUAAUAAUGAAUACAUUGGGAAUAAUUGUGAUGCCUAUUUUUGAUGUAUUGCUAGUGUAAAUCCACUAUAGAGCAAACAAUACAAUUGUGAAUUAAUAUGUAGCUUUAACUGUGGGAAAAAGUAAUUGUAAUUGUAAUUAAUAAUUAGAAUAAUUGUUAGAGAAAUUAGAGUAAUUUUAAAGAAGUAUAUUCUAGAAUGUAUGUGAAGGAUAGUAUAUUUUUAGAUUAUAUUUUAAAAAUUGCAAAUGCUGCAGCAUAUGCUAAUAAAUGACGCCUAGAAUUAUUGUAACGAAUAAACUUGUGAAUUUGUGUCUCAGUA